AUGGGCAUCUCGGUGACGCCGCUGCUGGGCGUGUCCUCCGACGGGCCCCUGUGCUACCUCCUGCAAAUCGACGACGCGAACAUCUUGCUCGAUCUAGGAUGGACGGACUCGUGCGAUCCAGAGGUCCUCGCGCCCCUCGCAGACGUGUGCGCGAAGGCCGACGCGCUCCUCCUGUCGCACCCGAGCGUCGCCCACAUGGGCGGCGUGUCGUACGCCUUCGCCUCCCUCGGCCUCAAGUGCCCGAUCUUCUCCACGCUCGCCACCCACCGUCUCGGGAAGCUGUGCGCCAUCGAACACUGCCUGGCGGUGUCGCACGCGGCGGAGGAGCCGCCGUUCACGCUCGCGGACGUCGAGGCCGCGUUCAAGUGGCUGCGCCCGCUCGGGUACCAAGAGCCGGCCAGCCUGCGCGGCCGCAGUCGAGGAAUCUCGAUUGCCGCGUAUCCCUCGGGACACAUGGUCGGCGGCGCGGUGUGGCGCAUCAGCAAGGGCGGAGAGGACGUCGUGUACGCGCCGGACGUCAACCACCGCCGCGAGCGCGCCCUCAGCGGCGGCAACCUCGCCGCCGUGUCCUCCCGCCCCGCCGUGCUCAUUCUCGGCGCCGCCGCGCCGCUCGACAAGCCGCUGAGCGUCCCGGAACGCGACCAGGCGCUCAUCGAGACCGUCAUGCGCACGCUCCGCGCCGGCGGGAACGUCCUGCUGCCCGUCGACGCCGUCGGGCGACUCCUGGAGCUGGUCCUGGUCCUAGAGGCGCACUGGGCGCGCAUGCAGCUCUACAUGUACCAGCUCGUGUUGGUGUCGGCGACGUCGCGGAAGGUGUUUGAGUACGCCCAGAGUCAGGUGACCUACAUGUCGGACGAGCUGGUGGCGUCGGUGAUCGGCGGCGGGCGCGACGGCGGGCAGGUGUCGUUCAACACGCGGCACUUCAAGCGGUGCGCCAGCGUGGCCGACCUGCGGGAGAAGUUCGACCGCCGGCGCCCGAUGGCCGUUGUGGCCACCACGGAGAGCCUCGACGUCGGGCCGGGGCGCAGGCUCCUCGCGGACUGGGCGCGGGACCCCAAGAACGCCAUCGUCUUUACGAAACGUGCGGCGCCCGGGACGCUGGCGCACCGGCUGCAGGGUCUGCAAGGGGCGAGCCGCGCGGGGGAGUCGCGCUUGACGGAGGACCUGCCGCUGGCGCAGCGGGUCGCGGUCGCGGGCGCGGAGGUGGGCGAGGGCGACGAGCUGGGCGCGGGCGAGGGCGCGGGCGGCGGCGCGAUUGGCGGCAGCCGAGCGCAGGAGAUCCGGCAGGCGGUGCGGGCGCCCGAGGGGGAGGAGGCGCGCGCGGACGUGGCGGAGGUGGUGGCGCAGGCGAAGGCGCACGGCGAGGUGCGGGACGACGAGGGCGGGGCGGGGGAGUUGGGGGUGCGCGAGGGGUACCUGACUCAGUUCAAGUGCCUGGUCGACGGGUUCACGGUGCCGGAGCACGCGGUCGGGCCGAUGUUUCCGGACGAGUUCACGGAGGACCAGCGGCCGAACUGGGACUUCUACGGCGAGGAGAUCCGGGAGGGGGAGUUUGCGAUGAUCAAGCCCGAGACGCGCGUGGAGCGCCCGGAGGGCGCGGGUGCGGCCGGGAGCGGGUCGCUGCUGGACACGCUCGACGCGGUGUCUAUGUUCGGACACAUGGGCGUGCGCCAGGGCACGCAGAUCGCGCGGGAGACGGCGCGGCUGCAGCUGGCGGCGUCGGUGGCGUACGUGCCGUACGACGGGCGCGCCGACGGGCGGUCCCUGCAGGCGAUGGCGGCCCAGCUCGGCGCGCGCGGCGUCGUGCUCGUGCACGGCGAGGACGACGUGUGCGACGCGCUAUCGACCGCGCUGCUCGCCACGCCCACGCAAAAGCCCCACGUGCAGCGCCCCCAGCGCGGCCAAGCCGUGGACGUGUCUCCGCAGACGGCGUCGUUCGUCCUGCGGCUCGGGUCCUCGCUGCUCUCGAACGCGCGCCUCAGAACCGUCGGCGAGUACAUGCUCGGUUUCGUCGAAGGCCAGGUCUCCGUCGAGGGUCUCCCGGACCAAGACGCCGAGAUGGACGAGCCCGAGGGCCCCGUGCGCGCGCCCACGGCGUUCAGCUACGAGGAGCCGACCCCGCCGGACCCCGACGCGAAGCUCCCCGUGCUGAAGGCCGCCGCGGUGACGCGCGCCGGCGCGGGCAACAUCUUCAUUGGCAGCGCGAAGCUGUCGGAGCUCAAGCAGGCGCUGGCCGCCGCGGGGCUCGAGUCGUACGUGACGAAGGAGACGCUCGUGCUGCCGGCGGGGCGCAUCGUCGUGCGGCGCAACCCGGCGACGGGCGAGAUGCAGAUCGAGGGCCCGCUCAGCCGGGCGUUUUACGCGGUGCGCGAGGUGGUGUACGGGCAGUUCAGCAUCUGCUGA